ACGGCUGUGAUUGGUUCAUCCCAAGCAGCGUUGAGGAAAAACAACAGGUGUCACGUGGCGUCUGUUCGUCUCUGCAUCAGUCUGGACAAUAAUAUGCAUGUGAAUUCGGACACAGACGUUUUUAAACGCGAUUCGGAGCUGAAGAGUGCUGAGUUGAGACAAAUGAAGUAUCAUUUAGAUCCAUCGUGUCAGAUCAAUUCCACUGUCCACCGCUGUCAAUGCAGCUCCAGCUCAGCACUCAGUGCGCAUGCGCAUUAUCCUUUGAUUUCUUAAUAUUUAAUAUCAAUGGCUGACGCUGAUUUCUAAAGCAAAUCUCCUAAAUUACGACGAAAGCUUUGACUCGUUUUUUGAUCAUCAAGGUGAACGUCAAUCUCUUGUGUUUUGUUCGAAGAGCUUCGAUCAUAAUCAGUCAGAAUUCAUCCGUAACACCAAAAUGGGACAAAAAUGUCACAUUUAACCCUUUCCGCUCCACUGUCGACAUUAAAGCGAGAUGAUGCGUCAGGCGUCCAGCAGCAGCGGCGAUUACUGCGUCGACGGCAGGCCGUCGUGUUUAGCCGAAGACGGGAGACUCUCGCCGAGCCACUUUGAUUUGUGCCCCACCAAGUUCUAUCAGUCUUCCCCUCCUCAGCGCCCUCGGCAGAUGUGCUUCGCUUACCUGCCGCCUCCGGCCGCCGCCGUCCUCAAACCCACGCCGUGCCAGAGGCAGGACUGCCGCGAGGAGCCGCCGCUGUCCCCGGGGCCCGCGGCCGCUCAGGGCAACGACAAGAGCGGGGACUCCAAAAAAAAGGGCGCGUCCGGGAGGUCUGGGAAACGCGGGCGUCCGGCGGGCACCACCAAAUUAGCCGGAUACAGAACCAGCACGGGCAGACCUCUGGGCACCACCAGGGCCGCCGGGUUUAAGACCAGUCCGGGACGGCCGCUGGGCACCACCAAAGCCGCGGGGUAUAAAGUGAGUCCCGGUCGCCCGCCGGGUAGCAUCAAGAGCCAGUCGCGCCUGAGCAAACUGAGCUACGGCGCCUGCAGCGGAGCCGCGUUUCCCUACAGCGUCAUGCACAAACCUGGAGCCUGUGACGCAGCGCUGAAGGAAGAGACGACGACAGAAACGCCAAAAAUGCUGUUACAAGCUCCACAAUUCCUCCUCAGCGGCUUCCCAAUACGAAACCAAAAAACCCCUCCGCCGAUCAGCGUCAUGCCAUCGGAGGCUUUUUCCCCGGUGGCCGUGUGUCCAGACGGCGGUCAGUCGAGAAAUGCUCUGCCGGUACCCAUCCACAGCGCUCUGCCAUCAUACUCCUGAACUCCUCCAUGUGCGUCUGUCACACACACACGUGAUCUUUCACAGAGAGGAUCUGACAUCCACAUGGUUUCUGUCGCACACACACACACACACACACACACACACACGAUCUCCAUCACACACAUGAUGCGUCACACGGAUCACUGAACUCUUCUGACUGCGGCCGGACGUUUGGCCGUUUCUCACUCCGUUCCUCAGCUGUAAAUACGUCUCUAGCGCUCUGUGAUCACUCUGAAUGUCCAUUGCAUGUCAUGUUGGGUUGUUAGUGGGCUCGAUUCUUAAGCUUGAUUUACAUAGUGACCCGAUAACGAAGAUGACUUCACGACGAGUGCAA